AUGAGCAUUGCUCAUAUCUUGGUCCCGUUUGAAUUCAUAAGGCUUAAAUGGAGACAUCGACAGAAUGAAGGAAUAGCUUAUCCUGUCCGUCCCAUUAUUCAUAAUGGGUCUGCCGAUGUACGGGCCAAAGGAACCUUUAGUCAGAUCAGCUCACUUACCUCCGUUUACCGAUCCAAUCGGUCAAGACACCGCUCUGUCACGAUUAACCAUACCAUAACAGUUGGUACAUUUGAGCCACCAAGAAAGAUCAACUACAGUAUUCCCGACGACAUCCGUUUUACAUUCAGUCUCUACUUUAAUCCCCGUAACACAGGAAAAUGGCACGUGCGCGGUGUUUGA